AUGAGCCUCCCGCGCGGGCCCCUGACUGCCGCGGCGGCGGUCGCGGUCCAUGUGGCGGUGGCGCUAGGGCUCUGGAGCUCAACGCCCACGCCCACCUGCCCGCAGCCGGUGUGCCCGGCCCCCUUUUGCCUGGCGCUGGUCUGUCCCGACUGCGUGUCGGCGGCAGGGGCUCCGGACCCGGGGCCGCCCGGGGGCUCUGCGGCUCUCGGACUGGGCGAGGUGCCCGAGGAGCUGGCGGAGAUCCGCUCGGCGGCGGUCCGCCUGGAGGAGCAGCUGGCGCUGCUGCAGACGGCGCUCGAGGACGACACCUACAGGCACGAGCGGGUAGCGCUGGCGGAGGUGAGGUCCGGAGUGUGGAUCAUCGUCACUCCCGAUGGCGACCGCUACUCGGAGAACAUUCGGUGCCGUCGUGGUACCUCGGGGGCGGUGCAGGCUGUGCACCUCGUCCCCGGCGCGGAGCUUCUGGACCCGAUGAAAGGCCACUUCUACAAGUUCCGCGCCGCGCUCGACGCGUCCGAGCUGGUGGAGCAGAUCAAACUGGCGGAGGGCGAGUCGUUCGGGAUCACCAGGCGUCGGCGGCCGGCGCCCGAGGCCAUCGCUCUGUGGGACGGCCAGGACGUCGAGUACCAGGCGCUGAUGGACUCGGACGGGACGCAACUCGUGCCGCUGGUGGUGGACGACGGCCGCGCGGCGCCUGGCGCUGCGCCAGGCGCGGCGGCCCUGCCGCGUGCCGCGCCGGCCGGCCCGCCACCGGACGUCACGUGGCUGAUCAUCGACCCGGUUCAUCCCGAUUUCGGGCGUGAACGGCACCCGUCCCCUGAUGCUGAGAUGGCGGGUGAGUGCGCGAUGGCGCUGGAUGUCAAUCGUCGGCCGGUGCCAGUGAAGCGCGUGCCGAUCUCCGACGUCGCGAGUUUCCGUGACAUGGUGCACAUGCGGGUGCGCAAGAUCUUGGAUGACGAGGCUGCCGCCGCGAAGGCGGACGGAGGGCUGGAGGGCCGCUUGAACGAUGCCCUAGACGGCGGCACAAAGACGCCCCCGGCCGGCGAGGAUGCGAGGACCCUGACGGUGAGCUACGACGAGCACGGGGGGCGCCACAAGGACUGGCGGUCAGUCUGCGCGGAGAUCUCGUACAGCCACUUUGGUGACUGGGAGAAGUACCAUGAGGGGCCUCCUGUGACGUUGCCGUUGUUCAAGAACAUCCAGCGUCAGGGAGGCGACCCCCGCCUGUUCUUUCCCAUCUGGUGUCGGGAUUCGGGCGUGAGCCCGCAGGAGCGCGCGGGCAUCGAGAUGAAGCUGCUGCUGGAGAUCCUCUACCUGAGCGGCUGCUACGACCAGGUCAACGGCCCAUCCUUGGCGAGCGUCGAGGCCGUGUCGAGGAGGGUGUGUCAGAUCAUCGAGGCCUACUCGGCAGGGAUCCCUGGCCGCGCCAACUGGGAGGGCGCGAAGCACUUCAUGCCGCUGGCCAAUGCGGCCUCAGUUGCGCCUCCAGAGCUCCGCUCUCACGCUCAUCGCCGCGCGAAGGAGGAGGUGGAGAUCGAGAACAUGCGACUGAAGGCGCGUGGCCUGCAGCCUGCCGCGGGCGUCGAGGGCAGCCAGCCGACCCUCCCCGGCCCGGGAGGGGGCGGCCGAGGUGGCGGCCCUAGGGGCGACCCGAAGGGCGGCGGACGCGGUGGCGGCCCGAAGGGAGGAGCUGGCGCGGAGGCGGGGAAGGCUCAGGCCCCGGGGCGAUGGUCGGGGCCGGCGCCGGUCGUGGUCGAGCCGACGCUGGAGGAGUCGCUGCCCCCCAUAACUCCCUAUUGGGGCCCUGUGCUGUCUCGCAGCCGCCGCAAGUUUCUGCGGCUGAUGCGGGCGCUCUUGCGGGUCGGGCUGGUCACGCUUUUGCCAGCUGGCUCGUCGCGGGAGCAAGUCGGCAUGUUCUUUGUAAAGAAGAUGGGCAAAAGUAAGCCGGGGGGCAUCGUCUGGGUGGAGUCCCUGGCCUUCGAGAUUCGGUCCUUCUUCGAGAUCGCGGAAGGGUUCGGGGCCACGGUCUCGGAGUGGGAAACCCAGGACGUCUCGGAGGUGGGGAGGAUCUUGGAGAGAGGUCCGUGGAAAUAUUUUGACGAGGGCAUCUUUACCUUGGAAGCCAGGGCCCUGCUGUUGGGAUUCCAGGCGCUGGUGAGCGAGUACCAAGUCAGAAACGCGAGGGUGCUCUUCUUGGUUGACAACAUGGGGGUAUGCCUGUCCUUCGCCCGGGGGCGCACCACGGACUUCAGGGCCCUGAUGCCGACCCUUCUCCGUCGCCUACCGCCUGGGGACACGCUGGUGGCGAAGCUCGAGCAGGCCCCGAAGGGGCACAACGCGCCGGCCCUCGACGAGCUGAACGACGAGGAGGCCUCGAACGUGGUCGAGGAGAGCGACGCGACCUCCGACGCGGUCCAGGUCCGGACGCGGCCUGUCCGCCGCACGCGAGCGUUGGCGGCCCCACGUCUGAAGCGAGCACGCCAACCCGUGGAAGCAAGCCGCCUACAAGGACUGGGCCUCCUGCCGCUGGAGUCGAGCGCGGCGCAGUCGAAGACGGAGAUCCAGUACCACGAGGCGGUGUACGCGUGGCGAGCUCGGGCCCGCGAGUUCGGCGAGCCUCUCGGCGUGGCUGCCGAGGUGGACGCCUCGGUGGCGCGGCAGCUUCAAGAGCUUUUCGACCAGGGCGAGAACCUCAGCAAGGGCGAGAAGCUCGUGGCCGGGCUGGGGCACUUCCUGCCCGAGUUCGGACGCCACGGUGGCCUUCAUCUAUCCCGCUGUCAUCGAGCCUUGAAGGGAUGGAGGCGCCGCUGUCCGCCGCGAUCGCGCCGCCCCCUGGCCUUCAGCAUUUGGGCGGCCAUCAUUUGGGAGCUGUGCCGUGCCAACUUCUGGAACAUGGGGGUCUACGCGCUGUUCAUGCUGGUGACCUACAUGCGGCCGUCGGAGCCGCUGAAGUUGUUGAAGGAGGACCUCUUGGCACCAGCGCACGGACUCUCUGCCUCAUGGAUCUGCUUCGCUUUUCGGCAAGAGCGGGGAGUGGCGUCCAAGACGUACGCGACGGACGAGAGCAUCGACCUGAGUUGCAAGUGGGUGCCCUACCUGUCGUCGGCGGUGGCGGCGCUCCGGGUUGGGGGCCCGAAGUCCAAGUUCUUCAACUUUACGCACAGCAGCUACACGCACCAGUUCAAGAUCGCCUGCAAGAAGCUCGGGCUGACGGCCGCGCCUUAUCAGGCAAGGCACUCAGGCGCCUCCAUCGACGCCGCCAUGAAGUACCGCACGAGAGCCGAGAUCAAAAGCAGGGGAAGAUGGAAGGCGGACAAGUCGGUGUUGAGGUACGACAGCAAGGCCAAGAUCGUCGAGAGCGUGGACAAGCUGACCGGCUCGUUGGCGUCUCACGUGCACAGGUGCGAGCUCCAGCUCGGGGCCCUUUUGCGCGGCCAGAUCGACCCCUCGGCCACCGCGCCGCCCGCCAUCCAGAGCUCACGCGGUAUCCGAGCCCGCCUGUGGGACAAGUCCAUCUCUGACUCUCUGGACCUCACGGUCCUGAAGAAUAUUAAGCUCCUGUGCUCAGAGGCUAAGAGCAAUAAGCUCGUGGCGUUUGUCCAGAAGUUUGCCAUGAGGUUGCAGGUCAAACACAGGCAGGCUCUAGAGAUCGUGGACGCUUUCUCAGAUGUUGUGUUUCAAGAUAUCAAGGACAACGGUGCGGCGUUGAUCCCGAACAUCUGCGCGAUUGUGAAGGGCUUGCGCAAGCCGAGGUCGGCCAUCGACAAGGCUGAGGCACGUGGGAUGUCUGGCGGCGGCCCUCCGCACCACAGGUUCAAGAAGAGUUACCUCAAGGUGGUGGUCAAGGUGUCGGCUUGCAGGAAGCACGAGAAGAUCCUUGAUGAUAACUCAUGGAGCCCGCUUGCCAACCUCCCAGUGCUUGGCCCCCCGCCGUCGCCAGAGGCGGCCCCAGCCGCGGCUGCGCCGAAUGAUUGA